AUGUUGCCAUGGUCACAUACUGUGUUGGGUGUGACAUAGUGAGCUGGAAACAGUAGCAGGCCGAGAUGCCCCGGCUUGGAGCCAGGCUGUCUGAGAAGUCUGCAUUGUGUUGAAGCCACAUUCAGCAUGGAACAGAAGGCUCUGAGGAAACUGGUAGAAUCCAUCAGCAAAACUGUCAAGAGCUUAAAAAAAAGUGAAGUAGAAUGUCUCAUAAUACUUUUUCACGACUGGGUGGAAAGAGCUGAUGUGAGACUUGAUAACGUCGGUCUAGAUCGGAACACAUUUCAAAUGAUCCUACACAGCUUGUUUGGAAUGACUGAUGAUAAGCUAAUGAAUAGGGUAUUUUUUGCGUUUGACAAAGACAGUGAUAACUGCAUAAAUGUAAAUGAGUGGGUUAAAGGAGUAUCAGUGUUUCUUCGAGGGACUUUUGAAGAAAAGCUGAAGUUCUGUUUUGAAGUAUAUUAUUUGAAUGGUCAUGAUGGUUACAUUUCUCAAGAGGAAGUAUUUGACAUGUUGAAGAACAGUCUACACCAGUCUGAGGAAGACACUGAUGAAGGAAUAAGAGAAUUGGUAGAGAUAACACUGAAGAAAAUGGAUUAUGACAACGAUGGCAAGAUAUCUUUUGCAGACUUUGAAAAAGCAGUGACAGAAGAGAGACUUUUGUUGGAAGUGUUUGGACAAUGUUUACCAGAAGCAAAGAUUUGUCUUGAUUUUGAAGCUCUGGCAUUCAAACAUGUCUUAACUUCUAGUUUUUAA